AUGUCUCUUGUUGCAUCCCCAAUUCGGCUGGACAAUUGUAAGAUUUCACACACAAAAAACACUCUGAUUACCUACUCGCCUUAUCCAUCGCCAUUCGCUUCUGGACUGAUGAACGGAACGAAGACACAGUCCGGUAUUUUCAUAAACUCACUGGACUCCGCCGAUCCGGCCAAUUCCGAUGUGCUAAAUACAUGCUCCACACAUUCUCAUUCGACCGGAACAUCCCCGGUGAGUGCAUGUGAACAGGAAGCGACCACUUCUAUACCAAAUGAAAUGUCUAUUAUGGAACAAAACGACGGGCAAACUGAUGUUGAAAAUGACCGCGGUACUGUGUGCUCCACGACAACCAUGGGACACUCUGUGACUGAUCCCGUGCCUGAUUACUUGUUUAGUCCAACGAAACGUGCACGAUUUGACGGCCUUGGUAACACCCACAACCAGAUUUCCACUGGACUCCCGUGUCCUUGCGGAAAACAAUUUCCCGAUUCUGUGACAUUCGUCGAUCACGCACGUCAUUGCGAAGAAUUUGCACUGACCGCAAACAGCUUUGCUGAAGCAGCUGCGGCUGUAGCAUCCGCGACGAAUGGACUAAAGACGUUAUCUUCUCACUCGUCUCCCUCAUCUGUACGUCAAUCCAAGCCGGUUACACCGAUCACCAGACCCGAACAGCUCGACACACAUUCACCCGAAACCAGCUCCAACUCAACCGAGGAUAACGAUUUGGUGGGAAAGAACGGUUUAAACACUAUCAGUUCUGGAAGCGGUGCGGUAGGUAGUGGUCAUCUGGCAUUGGAUCUAUCUGUCCGCUCACAAGACAGUCAGGUACGCAGGUGUCCGGAAUGUAAGUAUACCAAUUCAAGUUUGCCACAUUUGUAUCAUCAUUUUGAGAAUGCACACGAUAUUCGCGGUCACUUUGAUUGUGGAUGUGGUGAAUCAUGUACAUGGCUUCCCACCCUAUUAAAGCAUCGUUUAAAUUGUCCGCUACAACAUCGUGUCUCAUCAGCAACUGUGACCCCGGUGUCCGGGUCUAUACCUAUCAAUGCAUUGUCAUUCACUCAGUCAAUUCGAUCCCCGUCUCAUUCACGUCACAAUUCGGCGGAUGUUCAUUCGAGAUCCAAUCCGGAUUGGCCACCGGGAACACAUGUUGUCCCAGCGCCCAAAACACUUCAUUGCACCGCAUGUGGUAAGACGGGAUUUAACAGCCCAAACGAGGUCCUCAAUCAUUUCACUCACUGUCCCAUACUAAUGCAUCGAUCACGAUCACCGAGCAACCCUGGAAUGCCACUUCCUUCCAAUCCAUUCUCUCGUCCCAGUCCAACCGGUCCCGGUCAAUUCGGACACUGGCCUUCCGCGUCCUCUUCCGCUUCCUCUUUGUAUAGUGCUAUGUCAACACUGCCCACAUCCACUGGUCAUAACCGUUCGGAUCAGGGCUAUUCACCACCCGGAUUUCCAUUGGGUUUUAUGUCACCACUGGGAUACUCACCGUAUUCCAAACCGUAUAGCCCAAAGGCUAAUAUGACAGCGUUUGCCGGUAAACCCGUUCAAAAAGGUCCUAACAAAUCCAAUGAAAUGCGAUCCGUGGGAGGCUCGAAAGAUGCACCAACUGCCAUGAACCAUCACCAUCAUCAUGGCCAUAGUAUCAGUGGACACGGUAUGGGCUCUGUGCCUACAAAUCAUAACGAGCCACAAACCAGUCCAGAUUUGACCAGACCAUUCAAAUGCUGUCAUUGUAUCAAAGCGUUCAAAUCGAAAGCACUACUCGAUCAGCAUAUGCACAUACACUAUCCACCGAAGUACACGUGUCGCUAUUGCGCAAAGAAGUAUCGUUGGCCUCCUGUAUUCUAUCACCAUCAGAGAACAUGUAAAAAACGUCCUCCAUCGACCAGCGCAUCCACAACUAGCAGUAAUGGUCCGUCGGGGGACAAUGGUCCAUCGGGGACCACAGUGACCGCCGCACACACGUUUCACACUCGUUCCACAAAUUCUAAUGGAAUGAACACAACAGACUCGUCUCUAUUCCCCCUGCCACCGGGCUAUUUCUUCUCAUCACCGAUGGAUCAUAGCUCCAGUCCAAAUCACAACCAUUCACAAGCUGGCUCAGUACAACAUGCAAACACUUCCAAAUUAUCCAAUCCAUUCCCGUUCCCCACAGCAUCAUCACAUCCUAAUUUACACGGGCAUCCAUUCGGUCCUGAUCUAUUCGGCGCAUCACUAGCUGCGUAUUACGAUCCCCUGUCGAUGGGAACCAGUUCCAAUUCCGGAUUUUUAGGAAAUGUAGGAUCAACUCCGGGCGGAAUUGGAACAGUGCCGAAUCCCAGCGCGAUGCUUGCCGCGGCUGCUGCCUGUGCAGCUAUGGGAAUGCGUGUCCCAUUCGGCCCUCCGUUACCUCCACCACCACUCGGAUUUCAUCCACCGUACAAUACGAGAGAUUCUCCACUACUCAACCCGGCUGAGAAUCCCACAGCAAGAGUAAAACCGGAGAAUAAUGGGACCGAAACCUUGAUCUUCUCCUCAGCCAUGGCAGCUAUGAAUGCGAUCAUGUCGAGUACGCAACAUUUAUCAGAUAGUAGUGUGAAAGAAGAUCAUUCGGUUCCCGAAUUGGCCUCUUCCUCGCUGAGUGAAUCCGAACGAACUGGGCUGUCCGAAUCCACUUGGUCUGGGGAUAAUCGACCACAUCAACCAUCCGAUCCGGAUUCGUCUCCGAACGUGACCACUAGAAGACGAUCAACAUCUGACCCGGAUGAGUUUAUGAAUGAGCACAGUCCUCAAAAUGUACAACUGUCGGAUAUGAAAGUGAAAUCAGCGUCAUCAUCCAUAUCCGAAAAGUCUUGGAAUAGUACACACCCGAAUACAACUGCGAAAAACGACGCAGCGCUGGAUUCAAACGAAACAAACCCACCGAGAUGUGAUACCGAUCUAAUCACCUCCACUGGAGAUGCUCCUACACGACCAAAUUCAACCACAACUGUUACAACACCAACUACCACUUUAAUGGCUGCAAUGGCAACCGUUUUGGCCAAUGCCGCAGCUGCUGUGGGAUUUCCUUGUCCCGGCCUCUCGGAUGAACUGUCUCCAUCCGUCCCGGGAACACCGAUUGCACAAUUACAGUGCACCGAAUCGGACAGCCUUACCAAUUCAAACGUUAUGUCCAACGUCAGCUCAGCCAUGAUGACAAUGAUGAUGAUGAACGGAUCAAUGCACGCAAAACUCUGUGUUCAGUGUGGCAAAGAGUUCAGUUCGCGCCUGUCGUUAAAGCAACAUGUGGAGGGAAAACACAGUGCGGAAGGCAAGUACCAGUGUCCGGGCUGUGCCAAACGUUAUCGAUGGGGUGCAUCGUACUAUUAUCAUAAAAAGUCAUGUCCAGCUAUUCGAGAACCCAGUCCAAUGUCGACCACCGAGUUGUUUCUCGACGCGUGUGAUGAACAAGAUAUGAAUGAGUCCACA